CUAAAACAAGCUUUAACACUUCAAAAGAGAGCAAUCAAACCACGUACCAUGGCAACAACUUAUAUACCAAUUUUCUCAAUGGUGAUAUUCAUCCUAACAGUGGGAUCUGAUGCUGGGGGAAUUUCCAUUUAUUGGGGUCAGAAUGGAAAUGAAGGUACCUUGGCAGAAACUUGUGCCACAGGAAACUAUGAGUAUGUGAACAUUGCUUUUCUUUACAGUUUCGGCAAUGGACGAAUUCCCAAGCUAAACCUUGCAGGCCAUUGUGAUCCAUACAGCAACAAUGGCUGCGCGAAUUUAAGCGCCGACAUAAAGCAGUGUCAAGCCAAAGGCAUCAGAGUUAUGCUUUCAAUUGGAGGAGGACCUGGAGGCUACACCCUUGCAUCAACAGAGGAUGCUAGGCAACUUGCCACUUUCCUUUGGAAUAACUUCUUGGGAGGACAGUCAUCGACACGUCCACUAGGCGAGGCUGUUUUGGAUGGCAUUGACUUUGACAUUGAAGGAGGAACAAACCAACAUUGGGAUGAGCUUGCAAGGUAUCUUUCAGGGUACAACAACAAAGGCAAGAAGGUUUACUUGACUGCAGCACCUCAAUGUCCUUUCCCUGAUGCAUGGCUUGGAAAUGCCCUUCAGACCGGUCUUUUCGACUAUGUUUGGGUUCAGUUCUACAACAAUCCUCCAUGUCAGUACUCUCCUGGAGGCAUUGCCAAUCUUGAGAAUGCAUGGAAGCAAUGGACUACACAAGUACCUGCCACUAAAAUAUUCUUAGGCCUCCCAGCAGCACCACAGGCAGCUGGAGGCGGCUUCAUUUCGCCAAGUAACCUGACAUCAGAAGUACUUCCGGUAAUUAAGGGUGCCACAAAGUAUGGGGGUGUCAUGUUGUGGUCCAAGUACUACGACGAUCAAACUGGAUAUAGUUCAUCCAUAAAUGGCCAAGUCUAGAAUUCUUAAAUACUUAUGGUUAUGUUAGAUUUGAAUCCAUGAUGGACCUCUCUGUUAACAUAUUAGAUUUCUGU